CCGAGACGCUGGUCAGUGGUACUGAGAAUCUGGGGGAGGUGAGGAAGGGGCGGCGAGUAGAAUACUGAGGAGGGAACGUUAUAUAGAGCCCUGAAAGGAACCAACGAACGCGAGAGGGAGCCUGGGAGAAGCGUGGGCUGGGCUCAGGACUGGAGUUGAGGGAUUUUCAGAGCCGGCCAGAGCUCCUUCCUAACCAGGCAUCUUCAGCUUUAGAGCUCAGACGGUCAGAGCCACCUAGGGCUCCGUCUGUAGAGAUUUUAAGCUCGGGUCCCUUCCUAGUCCAAGCCAAAAGCCGUGGGCAAAUUCUUGCGGCAUCUACGCUCGAGAGAAGGAAAGAGAAUGCUGACUGCUUACAUGCCAAAAAUGGGCGCGACAGGGCGGACAGGCCCGACAGAAGAGGUGGGGAGGCAGAAGGUGGGCACCAGCAGCAGCUUGACUCUGCCCUUCUCAGUGGUUCUGAUUGCACGACUCUCAGAACUCUGCACGCUUGUGAAUUCUUCACGAUUCCUCAUUAACUUCUUCAGCGAAGGAAAGGGAGAUACUGCCAUUUGCUUCUCCUUGAAGUGCAUGGCCCGAGCCUAGGCUUAUUCCUUCAUGUCAGGGUGAGGAUCAGAGUAAAAAUGACCAUGUCUCUACAAUGUAGGGAGGGAUAUUCUUACCUUUUUUUCUUUUUUAUUUUUUUAAGAUUUACCUAUUUACUUGAAAAGAGCGGGAGAGGGAGAGAUCGUACAUCCACUGGUUCACUCCCCAGAUGGCCACAGUGGCUGAGACCUGGAGCCAAGAGCUCCAUCCCGGUCCCCCCAAUGGGUGGCAGGGGCCCAACCACUUGGGCCACCUUCUGCUGCCUUCCCCAGGCCCACCAGCAGGGAGCUGGAUCAGAACUGGAGAGGCUGGGACACAGACCAGUGCCCAUAUGCAAUGCCUGUACUGCAGGUGACGGUUCAACCCGCUCCACAGGCCUGUCUUCUCUUAAAAAAAGUUUUUCCUGGGUCUUUGGUUUUUCCAUUCUGCAUGAGAAAGUUAUUUCAUUCCCAAUAAAGUGCAGGGGAUUUGGGCUCCUUCAGAAACAAUGGGGAAACACUCUGAAAGAGGGGUUCAGAGGAAACAGUUGGACUCCUGCCUGACGCCCACACUGCGGUAGGAUGAACGUGGGGGUGGCUCACAGCGAAGUAAAUCCGAAUACGCGAGUGAUGAAUAGCCGGGGCAUCUGGUUGGCCUACGUCAUCUUGGUAGGACUGUUGCAUGUGGUUCUACUCAGCAUCCCCUUCUUCAGCAUUCCUGUUGUCUGGACCCUGACCAACGUCAUCCAUAACUUGGCAAUGUAUAUUUUCCUACAUACAGUAAAGGGGACACCCUUUGAAACUCCUGACCAAGGAAAGGCUCGGCUACUGACGCACUGGGAACAGAUGGACUACGGCCUCCAAUUUACUUCUUCUCGCAAGUUCCUCAGCAUCUCUCCUAUUGUACUCUACCUCCUGGCCAGCUUCUACACCAAGUAUGAUGCUGCUCACUUCCUCAUCAACACAACCUCACUGCUUAGCGUUCUGCUUCCUAAGUUGCCCCAAUUCCAUGGAGUUCGUCUCUUUGGCAUCAACAAAUACUGAGGGGUAUGACUGGAGAGCUUCACAGGUGUGGGGAAGGCCUUGGAACAAAGGGCUAUAAGCAUCCUUCCAUUCUUCUCCAUUCUGUUUUCUGUACCUUGAAAGCCUUUGAACUAUACAGUCUUUCCCAAACUCCCAGGAAGGGAAGAGAUUGGAAAAUGGGCUCCAUGGUCUAGCCCUGCUAAAGGCACCUUUUUUUUUAUUUAAUUAGAAAAGGUGGAUGAGGCUAAGGGCCAAAUCAUCCUUCUCUACAGCAGGAAGUCACGUUAGGGCAGCUUUUCUGGUGAUUGUGCUUCUUCAUGUCUUUCACCCCUGCUACCUUCCAGCCCUGUUUUGUUGUGUAUUUUCCUUACAAUAAAGGUAAAUUUUUUCAGUUA